AUUGCUAUGCCUGUGGCUGUUGUCCCUGAAGAGCCGCGCCUGUUCCUUUGGCGAUGCGGCCCCCAGAUCAGGAUAUCAAUCAGAACCUUAAUGAUCCAGCUGAUGAUAAUGAAGGCUUUGAAAAUGCUGAGGAUGGGGACGAUGAUUUUGAGGAGGAUGAUGAUUUAUCUGGAAGACAAUAUUGAUAUCGAAGGGGAGAAUAUGGCUUAUGGAUUUGAGAACCCCAAUCAAGCUAAAUCUGAUUCUGAAGAAUAUUUUGCACCUGCUCUAUCUAAUUCUAUGCAUAGCCAAGUUUGGGUGGUGAUAACUCAAUGCAGGAUAUUUUGGGGCCUUCUUUCCGUACCCCUAGGAAGAGAGGCCGGGAAUCUCAUGAGAAUAUGGAUGCAGAACCUUCUAAUGCUUUUAACUCUAAAUGAGUAUCCUAUGUUGGAAUUGUCGUGGAUGUUCACGUACGACAAGGGUUUUUGGCUCAAGUCACCUUUUUAA